GUGGUGUGCUGCAUUCUUACUCAGCACAGCUUCAAACUCGAGCAGACGCGCUCUGUCUGGGCUGUGAGUAAGAUGGCACUUCAAAGAUGCUUACUGGUGGUUUAUCUGUGUCUCUCUUGGAAUGAGCGUGCCACCGGACAGUCUUGUGCAGAUGGCUACAUACGCAACACGAAUGGAACAUGCGUCGACCAGGACGAGUGUCUCAUGGGUCCAUGUGGACCCUAUUCAAUCUGCCACAAUGACAUUGGAGGGUUCCACUGCACUUGCAAGAUCGGAUUUGCCUCAGUGUCCAAUCAGUUCCUCAAUGGUAAAACUGUGUCAUUUUGUCGAGACAAAGACGAGUGUCUGUCUGAUCCAUGUGGGCCCAAUACAAGUUGCCGCAACACUGAAGGAAGUUUUUACUGCACUUGUAAUCGAGGGUUUUACUCAGCAUCUAUCGAUCGUCAGUUUGCUGGUAAAAACCAGUCCUACUGUAAAGAUUACAAUGAGUGUGAGACGACUACAACAACAUGCGGAAAUAACGCAAACUGCCAUAACAGUGCAGGAAGUUUCUAUUGUACAUGCCAUGAAGGAUUUGCCCGAGCAAAUGGUGAAAGGACAUUUACUGGAUAUGGAAAAGGGUGUCAAGAUGUUGACGAAUGUCACUCCAGUCCAUGUGGUUCUCAUGCCAACUGUACAAACACAGUGGGGAGUUAUAGCUGCACGUGUGACCCUGGCUUUAUAUCAGCUGGAGGGAGCAGAAUGCAUCACACCAAUACAUGUAUCAAAUUUGACUGCUCUUCUGAUGAAAUUGCCAAAUGUUCCCGUGUAGCCAUGGAGAUGGAGUCGAUGCAGGGGAACAGUUCAGCUCCAGAGUAUGAUGAUUCAACCUGCUCAUUCAUCAGCCUUUUCCGCAAAUAUAAUGUGUGUGAAAAACUGCGCAGCCAAGAGGACUUUGACUUUGAGCAACAUCUAAAGAACCUCACCUCGUUGACAGGGGAGCUUCUGAGAAACCAAUCCUUUCUGGAAAAUCUUGGAGCGCAGGAUCGACAGAGAGCCCUGGAAGUCUCCUUACAGACCAUGGAAAAUUCGGUGAUAGCUUUCACAUACACACUCAGUGAUCAGGAAAAGAAAAACAUGUCAUUUGGAAAUAUUGAGGUUCAAAUGGAGGUGAUACGAGGGCGUUACUUCUUAGACAAGGAAACUGCGUCACUAUCAGUGAAGGGGAACCAGAUGGAUAUCCACUGGCGGGCAGUCACUGAUGGAGAGGAUCCUGGUUUUGCUAGCGUGGCGCUCAUCGCCUUCUCUGAGAUGGACACGGUGCUGAACGGCUCCCUGGAUAGCAAAGAGGAUGGCAGCCUACGGCUGAAUUCCCAUGUUCUGACCGUCACCUCCACCCGCAAGAACGACCAGGCCCUUGUCGAGCCCAUCAACAUCACCUUCCGCAACGAAAGGGAGAAGAAACCUCAAGUCCAAGUUGUCUGCGUCUCAUUGAACCGCACGCGAAGCGGAAGCCAUUGGUCCCGAGAAGGCUGCAGUGUGGUACAGUCUAACGCGACCCACACGACCUGCAUGUGCACACAUCUAACCAGCUUUGCAGUGCUUAUGGCACUGUAUGAGAUCCAGGAUCCCUGGCAUCUGCUGAACCUCAGUCUGAUUUCAUACAUAGGAAUAAGCAUCUCUCUUGUGUGUCUCAUCAUCUCAUUCAUCACAUUCCUGGCAUGCCGGGCAAUUCGAAGCACUCGUACUACCAUCCAUGCCCACCUGUGCCUCUGUCUGUUCCUAGCAGAGCUCCUGUUCCUCGUUGGCAUCUCCCAAACCAGUCACCAGCUCGCUUGUGCAUUCAUCGCCGGCUUUCUGCAUUAUUUCUUCCUGACUGUGUUUGCCUGGAUGUGCCUGGAAGGGAUACAGCUCUUUCUAAUGGUGGUGAAGGUUUUCAAUGCAGGCUGCCUCAGAAAGCGGCACAUGCUCCCGUUUGGCUACGGACUGCCACUUCUAGUUGUUGGGAUCUCAGUCGCCGUCGGGAGAGAGGGCUACGGAACCAAAAAACAUUGCUGGCUCUCUCUGGAAAACCAUUUUGUGUGGAGCUUCCUGGGACCAGUCUGUGCGAUUAUAAUGAUUAAUAUGGUAUUCUACUGCAUAACUCUGUUCAAGUUGGCAAGGAAAAUGUCCUCCAUUCAGAAAGACGCACCUAAACUGAAGAAAUUCAGGUCAUUCACAGUGGCAGCAAUUGCUCAACUAUUUCUCCUCGGCUGUACCUGGAUAUUUGGCAUUUUCCACUUUCAAAAAGAAACUGUCAGCUUUGCAUAUAUAUUCACCAUCGUCAACAGCCUGCAAGGAGCGUUCAUCUUUAUACUUCACUGUCUACUCAACAAACAGGUGAGGGAUGAAUACCGGAAACUGCUCCCAUGCUGCUUAAAACCCAUCCUGUACUCCGAUAUCAUCCAGACGUCCAGUGUCCCAAUGAUCAGCCUGCAGUUGAGGAAUGGCUCGACAUACAGAACAGAGACCACCAGCUGUCACAACGCAGCAUGAACAACCUCUCCCCAUCGUUACACCCGGAGAUGGGAUUACCAUGCACUUUGUUGCCAGGAAUUUGCUGGGCUGUACCUUCGCAGGGAAUACCGUGCGGAUCUUCCACUGGGAUGCUGUUUCUGAACAUUCCCUAACAAUGGGCUGAAUGAUUUGUAGACUGACAGCAGCCACUCCAUGAACGAAUGAUAAGAAUUGAAAUGAACCUGCGUCCCAGCGUAAGAAGAUCCAUGUUUGAGAUGUCAACAUCAAUGAAGUCUUUCAGUGGGAUGCCUCUUUCUGUAAUGUGCUGGGAGUAUUUUGCAUUGUACAGUAAGCUAUGGAAACUCCAUGUCCAAUGUGUUUUUUUGAAAUGUCCUAAAUGGUUCCAAAGGAACACACCUGAUGGCUGGUUUGAGUUCUGUGCUGCCAUGCUUUAUUAUCCUGACAUUUUAAGUUAUAUUUUUUGCCAGCACUUUUGUAAAUAAAUGUGUAGAAAUCUAAUGGAGGUGAACUUCUGAACUGAUCGCCAUUAUUUCCAUCGGGCGAUAGUGCUGUCGGGUAAUGUCACUCACACAGAGAGCUGGGUUAAUAUUCAGGAGUUAAAAUCCCGCUAUAACAGUGGGUUGAAUUUAAAAUUUGAUGAAUAAAUCUGGAAUUGAAAAAUAUUCACAGUAAUGGUGACCAUGACUUACCAUCUGUUAUUAACCUAUCACUAUGCUGUUGUCAGGGGAGGCAAUGGUCAUGUGGUUUUAUUGCUAGGCUAUCAACCCAGGAAUUCAGCUGGGGAUCUGGGUUCAAAUCCUACCACAGCUGGUGGUGGAACUUUAAUUUAGUUUUUUUUUAAACUAUCUGGAAUUAAGAAUCCAUUACAAAUUGUUGGAAAAAAAACUAUUUAGUUCACUAAUGUCCUUUAGGGAAGGAAACUGCCAUCCUUACCUGAUCUGGCCUACAUGUGACUCCAGACCCACAGCAGUGUGGUUGAUUCUUAACUGCCCUCUGAACUGGUAUAAUAAGCUGUUCAGCUCAAGGGCGGCCUGAGAUGGGCAAUAAAUGCUGGCCCAGCUAGCGAUGCUCAUGUCCCACAACCUUCGCAGGGAAUACCGUGUGGAUCUUCCACUGGGAUGCUGUUUCUGAACAUUCCCUAACAAUGGGCUGAGUGAUUUGUAGACCGAUAGCAGCCACUCCAUGGUUCAUCUGGUUCAUGACUGUCUUUGCAAGAAGAGAAAUCUGCCACCCUUAUCUGGCCUGCCCCACAUGUGACUCCAGACUCACUGUAAUCUAUCUCACUCUUAGCUGCCCUCUGAAAUCGCACAACAGGGUCUUCGAUUCAGGAGUAAUUAGUGACAGGUAAUAAAAGCUGGCCUUGCUAGAAAUGCCAAUGUCCCUAUUAAAGGAUUUUCCUUCAAAAUGGCAAUAAUCCAAAGUUGGCCAGGGGCAUGUGUUCCUGGCUUCCAAUCUCUGAACCCUGCUGGAGGCUUGGUUCACCUGACAAAGCUAAACCCUCUGGGUAGCUCCUAUCAUUCCAGUGCUGCUCAAAUAGAGGGCUAUUUCACAUCAUUGCACGCACACUGAAAUGUCAUACAGUCGUAGAGACAUGCAGCAUGGAAACAGACCCUUUGGUCCAACUCGUUCAUGCCAACCAGAUAUCCUAAGCUAAUCAAGUCCCAUUUGCAAGCAAUUGGCCCAUUUCCCCUAAACCCUCCCCAUUCAUAUAUCCGUCCAGCUGUCUUUUAAAUGUUGUAACUGUACCAGCUUCCACCACCUCCUCUGGCAGCUCAUUCCAUACACGCACCACCCUCUGUGUGAAAAAGUUUCCCCUCUCACCUUAAACCAUUUUCUGAAGAAGGGUCCAGACCUGAAACGUCAGCUUUCCUGCUCCUCUGAUGCUGCUUGGCCUGCUGUGUUCAUCCAGCUCUACACCUUGUUAUCUCUUAAAUCUAUGCCUUCUAGUUUUGGACUCCCCUAUCCUGGGGAAAAGACCCUUGGUUAUUAACCUUAUCCAGGCCCCUCAUGAUUUUAGAAACCUCUAUUAGGUCACCCCCGCAGCCUCCGACGCUCCAGCGAAAAUAGCCCUAGCAUAUUCAACCUCCCCCUACAGAUCAAAACUUCAAACCCCGGCAAUAUUUUUGUAAAUCUUUUCCGAACCCUUUCAAGAAAUAACAUCUUUCCUCUAGCAGGGAGACCAGAACUGGGCACAGUAUUCCAAAAGUGGCCUAACCAAUGUCCUGUACAGCCACAACAUGACCCUCCCAAAACCCUGUAUGCAAUGCAUAGACAAAAAAAACUAUAACUUUAUUCCAUACAGAUCCUGUAAUUAAAGAGAGCUCCAGUUUGUGCUUCAGGGCCUGGACCAUCAACAAAACCUUUUACAGGUUGAGAUGGCAUGGAGUUAAUAUAAAUCAAAUUGAUUAAUUUUAAGCUUUAUAAAGCAUUUUUUUGUUUCAUAAGAUAUGGGCAUUGCUGGCUGGGCCGGCGUGCAUUGCCUGUCCCUAAUUGCCCGGAGAAUGCGGUGUUGAGCUGUCUCCUUGAACCGUUUGCUGUAGCUACACACAUAUGCAAUGUUAAUGAAGGGAGUCCCAUGACUUCUACUCAAAACACUGACAGAAUACACGAUAGCAACAUGACUUCUAAUUAUAAUCUGAUCAAUGUCCUAAAUGUGCCCUGUGGUUUAACUGUGGAACUGUUCAUCUCAAGCUGUCCUGGGUUUCAAUCCCUGGUCUAUUAAUGAAUUGUGUCCAGGUUUGUAACAGCUGCACUGAAACUGACCUGGAACAGAAAGAGAGCUAUGUCGAGUUUUCAGCUACGUAUAGGUUCAGGCUUGUUUGCUGCUGUGAUGUGUCUUGCAGCUUUAGAUACUUUUAAGAAACAUGGUGUAAUCACUGCAUUGUAGUUUGUGACUUGGUGGUACAAAGCUCUCUGUCUCCACCUUACUGGGGCCACUUGCAGCAUGGCACACAGAGAAUCAAGCAAACAUUUAUAACUCAGUUGCUCAGUCCUAGCCCAGACACCAGUAUCUGUGACUGUAAUGUAUUAGUGGCCAUAAUAAACAUAUA